CACUGCCAUAGUGAGCAGGUUACUUUUCGCUGCCUGACUCUGUCUGUGUCAGUACUCUGGUUUACUUUGCCUUUACCAUGCUGAGGAUGCUAAGGAAACACCAGCAGCUGCGCCCGGGCAUGAUUCUUUUAUUUUUAUCCCUCUGUCACUUAAUUCAAGACCAAAAGGUGCAAGCUGGUAACUGCUGGCUGCAACAGGGCCGCAACGGAAGGUGCCAAGUGCUCUACAUGCCCGGCAUGAGCAGGGAGGAGUGCUGCCGGAGCGGCAGACUGGGCACCUCGUGGACCGAGGAGGAUGUGCCCAACAGCACGCUCUUCCGGUGGAUGAUCUUCAGCGGCGGCGCUCCCAACUGCAUGCUCUGCAAAGAAACGUGUGACAACGUGGACUGCGGCCCAGGCAAGAGGUGCAAGAUGAGUAAGAGGAGUAAACCGCGCUGCGUGUGCGCCCCCGACUGCUCCAACGUCACCUGGAAGGGCCCCGUGUGCGGAUCGGAUGGCAGGACCUACAAGGACGAGUGCGCCUUGCUCAAGGCCAAAUGCAAGGGCCACCCCGACCUCGAGGUUCAGUAUCAGGGCAAAUGCAAGAAAACCUGCCGUGAUGUUCUGUGCCCCGGCAGCUCCACGUGCGUGGUGGACCAGACCAACAACGCCUACUGCGUGACCUGUAAUCGAAUUUGCCCUGAAGUAACAUCGCCCGACCAAUACCUGUGUGGGAACGACGGCAUCAUAUAUGCAAGCGCUUGUCAUCUGCGAAGGGCUACGUGCCUUCUCGGAAGAUCGAUUGGAGUCGCAUAUGAGGGAAAAUGUGUCAAGGCCAAGUCCUGCGAGGACAUCCGCUGCAGUGCGGGUAAGAAGUGUCUGUGGGACGCCAAGAUGAGCAGGGGCCGCUGCGCCGUUUGCAACGAGCCGUGUCCCGAGCAGCGGCCGGAUGAAGCUGUGUGUGCCAGCGACAACGCCACGUAUCCCAGCGAGUGCAUCAUGAAACAGGCUGCAUGCUCAAUGGGGGUUCUCCUGGAAGUGAAGCACUCGGGAUCUUGCAACUCCAUUACUGAAGACCAGGAGGAGGAUGAUGAAGAUGAAGACCAGGACUACAUCAGUUAUUUCCAUUUAUCUUCACUCCUGGAUGGAUAAAUUACCGCACCUAGUACUAGCAGAGGAAUAUUGUCCAUACUGUAUAUAUAUAUGUAAUCCUUAUUUAUUUUGUAAGAAGAAAGGAAGUAUACAUGUAGUAUAGUCUGAUAGAGGUUUAUUUAUGCUGUGUUCCUGAUUAAUAAUUUAUACCUUUACAGUGUCUGACUGAUUGUCUACAGUGUUAUUUUGUAUGUUCACCUGAUUUUCAUGAUUGUUGUCGUUCUCGUUCUUAUUGCUGUUGUUUCCGUUUUGUAAGAAAGAAUUUUAUUUGUCCAAAGAUGAACAGUGUUAUUUAUUGUGAUGUAUAGUGCUACCAUGUAAAGUAUCUUUUGCAAGAUGUUGAUUGCAUCCAGUGAGCUCUACAGAUACAUUUAAUGCGGUUGUUUUCUGUUAUACAGGUGUUUAUUUCACAAAGAAUGCAUGCUAACAUCUGUGUAUAUUUAUGGGGAGCCUUUCUUUCAUUUGUGUACAGAAAUGCUGUUGCUUUUGUUUACAGUUCACUAUAACUGACCAAAGGGUCUAUCUCUGUUCAUAGGUCUGCAAAAGUACUUUAUAUAGGGCAGCGCAGUCAAAAUAAAGAAUGAGCCAUGUUUUCUUGGAAAUAAGCAACGAGCUUUUGUAUCUUGGUAACA